UACUUAGCCUUAAAUCUGAGAUCCAAACAACUUAGCACCAUGAAAAGUUGGCAAAUUUUUCUGCUGUUUCUGUUAGCUUCAUAUAUGGUGUUCAUGUCCAUGAAACACCACCAACCUAAAUACUUCUCUAUCCAUGGUAUGACAUACCAAGUCCGAGUGGUUAAUGGUUUCACCAACAACUCCUCUCUCCCUCUAGUCAUCUGGUGCUCCUCAAAAGAUAGUGGUAUUAUAGGCGGUCGAGCUCUUCAAGAAGGUGAUGAUUUCUCUUGGGACACAAAACUCAGUUUUUGGACCUCUACCCCCUUUUUCUCUUGCACCAUGAAAUGGGAUCGAACCAGAAAAAAGUUUGAAGCUUUUCGGGUACAUAGAGACCAACCCAGGUGUGGACCUCCUCUAAGGAAAGUUUCAUGGUUGGUUAAGGAAGACGGGUUCUAUUUUAGAAAUGACGAGUGUAAUUGGGUUAAGGAUUUUUCAUGGUCAUAAAGAGCAGUGGCGUGCCUACAUGGGAGGCAAGAGGGGCAGAUGACCCCCUACAAAAUUUAGAUUUUGUCACGUAUAUUUGAAAUUUUUAUGAAAUUUUUAAAUUUUUCUAUAGGUUUUUAACAUU